UGGGGGCUCCUGCAGGAGCAGAAGAGCCCCCGCAGCAACAUCGGCCCCCUCUUCGAGUCCUACAUCGGGAACCUGCGGCGCCAGCUGGACGGGCUGCUGGGGGACAAGGGGCGGCUCGAGGGGGAGCUCAAGAACAUGCAGGACCUGGUGGAGGACUUCAAGAACAAGUACGAGGAUGAGAUCAACAAGCGGGCGGCGGCCGAGAACGAGUUCGUGGUGCUCAAGAAGGUGGGCCAGGGGAUUUUUUUGGGAUGCUUUGG